GAAAUUAUGGGAGAUGUUAUGUUGAAGUUGAUAUAAUUUACUAAUGUUUUUUUUUCGUUACAUAUUAAUUACUUUGCCUCAACAAGUAUAUAUGUGAAGUUAUGAAUUUACAAGCUGUUUAUCGCUGAGUGCCACAUACGCAUUUAAAUUUACAAGUAAGCGUUUGUUACGGCAAUUACAUAAAUGAUACAGCUUGGACCUAUAUUAGAGCGAAGUAUGCUGCACUUUCAACAAGUUCGUGAAGUGUAGCAGUCUUGUCUAUCUACGAGGUUUGUCGCGAAAGUGAAAGUGCAUACGCGUUAUAUUAACGAAAUUUUUUUUGUGGAUUUCAUAACUUAACGCUUUCAGAAGUUAAUAUGGGUGAGCAUAUGCACAUGGACCAUUCAGUCCACCAUGGACAUCACAUGACCCAUAAUGAAGCUCCUGGGGAUCACCAACAUCAUCAGAUGAAUACUACACAAGACCUGACGGAGUUAAUUUUGAAUAAUACACCAGAAGCGUUUCAUGAACAUGAGGAACAUAGUUUAGGCCAUGAAUUACAUGGAAUGGAAUCUAUGACAUUCCAUGGAGGCUACACAGAGACAAUUCUCUUUUCUUGGUGGAGUGUGGCAGACAUUGGAGAAUUUAUUGGAUCAUUUUUAGCAAUAUUUAUUAUGGCUUUGCUGUAUGAAGGGCUUAAAUAUUACCGGAAACAUUUAUUAUGGAAAACUUACACGGGAUUACAGUACUGUGCUGUAGCACCACCUGAUAAGGGUGUGUCAAAUAUUUGCACAGCGGAUGAACCUCAAGUUAUACAGUCCAUGCCCCAUGUAUUGGAAAGGAACAUCCCCACAAUGAUGAGUUCAGCUCAUGCAUGGCAGACGGUUUUGCACGGUAUACAGGUGUUUGUGAGUUAUAUGUUGAUGUUGGUGUUCAUGACGUACAAUACAUGGCUAUGUGCUGCCGUUGUACUUGGAUCUGCUACUGGUUACUUCCUCUUUGGUUGGCGUGAAUCUGUCGUGGUGGACUUUACUGAACACUGUCAUUGACCAUUAAGAUCAAUAUGCCACUCUAGUAUUAUUGUUGGUUAUGUAUCCUCGCUUUUAAAAUAUAAAAUGUUUUAUAUUGUGGUGUUAUCGUGUAGUAAGGCAGCCUUUUUGGGUGAUAUAGUUACAUUUAUACCAGUUAUAUAUAUUUUAGGUUAUAACUUGAUGAAUAUUAAACUCAUUCAAAUAUGAUUUCUUUUUCUU